UGUUCAAAGAUUAAUAAUUAUUGAUCACUGAGGUUUUGUAAAUAAUUCUUAUAUCAGGUAACUAACGCUUCAAAGUACAAUACAAUAAACCAUGGAGGAUUUAAGAAGAUAUUUAUACCAAACCUUGACUAAGGUUGAAGGUCUUUACUCAAUUGUGAUAUCUGAUCAUGAUGGUGUUGUUAUUUUAAAAGCUCAUGCCAACAAAUCAUCUGAACAAAAUUCAAAUUACAAACAUUCAUUUUUAUCAGAAUUUAAUUCUGCAUCAGAACAAGCAGGAAAAUUAGAACUUGGAAAAAACAAAACAGUGAUAUGUUUUUAUACUAACAAUCAAGUAGUCCAGUUAAAUUGCUCAAGAUUUUUAAUUACAUUUGUGGCUUCUGAAAAAGCAAACACUGGCAUUAUAUUAGGGUUAGAAAAAAUACUGGAGCCAUUACUAAAGGAUUUGAGAGCUAUUCAAUUUCCUUAAAAAUUACUUGUUUUAAUUUUUUUUCUUGUCACAUUAUAUAAUAUAAAACUUUAAUUGUCUCCUUUCACCCUAAAGAUUAUUGUUUUAUUCUACUUUAAUAGUUUUAUUCUGCACUUUCAAUAAGUUGAAUACUGAUUGUGUAUUUGUUAUUGUUAUUACUACAAAUUAAUAGAAUACAAACAAUUAUACUUUGGUACCUAAUUAUA